AUGUCCGUCUCUGUCUGAUUUUUUAUUUGUUGUCUGAGUGAAUGAGGGCUGCUCAUCAGGAAGUAUCCAGCGGGCGAAACUUUACAAAUUAUUAUUUCACAUUUCGGCCCCGGCCACGUCUCUCUCGGCUCCGCACGACAAAGAACAGGCCAGCGCGGGCUCCGUGGGCGCCACUUACUCUGGAUUUACGAUGAAAAUGUGUUCAAGGGACACUAUGUGCCUGAAUAGUUCAUCUCCAGGAGAUGGACGGAGACAGCUCAACCACCGACGCCUCCCAGCUGGGCAUCACUGGAGAGUACAUGGCCUCCGGUCACUACGUCCUGCAGUCUCAAGACGAUGAUGCAGAUGAGAGUCUGAACGACCCAGACGAUGGAGGAAUAAAGGAGAACUUCAGGGAGCAGGACAUCUACCUUCCUAUCGCCAACGUGGCUCGCAUCAUGAAGAACGCCGUUCCUCAGACUGGAAAGAUCGCGAAAGACGCCAAGGAGUGUGUGCAGGAGUGUGUGAGCGAGUUCAUCAGCUUCAUCACGUCAGAGGCGAGCGAGCGCUGCCACCAGGAGAAGAGGAAGACCAUCAACGGGGAGGACAUCCUGUUCGCCAUGUCCACGCUGGGCUUCGACAUGUACGUGGAGCCGCUGAAGCUUUACCUGCAGAAGUUCAGAGAGGCCAUGAAGGGGGAGAAGGGGAUCCCCGGGGUGUCAGUGGGAGACGGUCUGGGGGACGAGCUGACAGAAGACAGUUUCACCACUCCUCUGCCCGCUGGGAUUAUCACCGCAGACGGUCAGCAGCAGAACGUCAUGGUGUACACCACGUCAUAUCAACAGAUUCCCACCGUACAGCAGAUCCAGUUCUCAUGACGAGGCCUGAACACAGCAGCUCCUCGCCUGGCCCAUGCUCUGACACUCGCCGCAGGGUAACCGUGAUCAGACGGAGGGGGAGGAGGGGGGAGACGGGCGUGUGCAGAAUCCCUCGUGUACAGAGAAAUCACUACCUGUUGAGUAGAACGUGUAGUUUCUAGCUGUGAGGUACCAAAUGUUUUGGAGUGAAUCCAAAGCAGCUGGGAAAUUGAGGCUUUAUUUUAAAGGCUAGUCUUAUGAUUACAUUAUUUAGUGGUUGGAUCCUUUUUCGUGCGUGUGUGUGUUAAUGUGUUUGCUUUUAAGCAUUUUCCUCUUUUUGGGACGGGGUGGGGUUCAGGGUGGGCGGGGUUAAGGGGGAUGUGUUAUUGUAAGCUUAUUUUUUCGAACGGCUUCUCUGUUUGAACCGAGAGAAGCCAUGUUGAUAUUUCUCAUCAGAUCAUGCAGCUCUUUUUGUAAGUUCUCAACAUGUACCAUGUGCUUUAAUGUUAUGUAAAUCCUUUGAAUAAAAAUUCAAAAGUGA